AUGCAUCUUGAUGCAGUGCGCUUCCGCCAUUACGGGGAGACCACCAGGAAACGAAAUGUUCGGUCUUCCGGUGCCUUGGCGGCCCGUGGCACAUUUGUGGAGUUAAAUACCGUUCCGCGGAGGGGGAAAUGCGGUGGCGCAGCUGACCCUGCACUUCAUACGGAUUGUGCUAUGCUCGGGAGUAUUUGUACGGCGGGCUGCGCUUUGGAGACGGUGUCCCGGAAUUUAGCGUACGCAGUAUGCGGCUGCGGGAAUGUAGUCGAAGAUAAAAAACAAACCGAAGCGUGCAGAUACGCCGAGCGGUCAACGCUCAGACGUUUCUUCAGCACGUAUGCAAUACCGCGCCCGAGUAGCGUUUUUCUUGUCUGCUCGCUCGACUGGUGCGGACAGGAGCGUAAGGCCGCGCAUAGACAGUUGGACAUCGCGUCUUCCUGCACCGCGGCUAGAACUAAGCGGGAGAUGGGUGCAUCUGCCCGAUUUGCGACCUGCAGCUGCACAGACGUUUGCCGCUGCGGCGUCCCUGCUGCUCGAGGCGAAUUGCCGCCAGCAUUACCCACAGAGGGCUGCGGUGACAGGUCCCAGCUGGUCAAAGAUCCUCUGCCGCAGCAGGGCGAAAAGAACGUCACAAGCGGUGAUGCCUACGGUACGCGUGUCGUCGCCAUGCCGCACCUGGUGAGGCUGUCUGCAUAUCCACCGCAGGGUACGUACGGAAGAGAAGAAAGUAGUAUCGCGUGUGCAACUAGCGUUUUCCGCCUGACCGAACGACAAGCACCUGUCGACGUUCGGAAGGCGUUUCUGUCUGAGUGCCUGUUGCGGGUUCGGCUGCUGUCAACGCUGCAUUCCGCCCUCGGCGGCGCGGGAGGCGCGGUACGGCCGCUGAGAGGAGUCCGACGCUACUAG